UCUAUUCCAAUUCCAUCGCAUUGGCUCUCUGCUUAUUUCCGUUUGUUUGUAUGACUGAGCCGUGCCCCUCCAUACAUGCCCCUCCAUCGUCAUCCUUUAAAGGCCUCCGCCACUAACUUUCCCUGUUCACCUUCAGAUUGCACGUUCUGGAUUUGUACUGGAGUUCUCAAACAAACAGUCAUUCCGUGAGACAUACAGGUGUGCUUAAGCCUGCGAGCACUGCUGGCUAAGAUCUCAAUCCCUGCUCGGUUGUACGCCGACCAAAAAGAAAGAGAAGGGUACACGCAGGGCCAAAGCUUUUCCAGAAAUCAAUCAAAAGGGCAGGGGGUUAAAAAAAAAGACCCGGCGACAUUGAAACGAUUAUCCUUUUUUUUCUUAGAUAAACUCACGAACCAGGUCUUUUUUCUUCAAACCUCAUCUCCUUCUUCCCCUCCGAUACGUCAGGGGAACUCCCGCCAAACUGGAACCAUACGCAAGUCCGCCGCUCUCCCCUCCGGCACAUUGGUCCCUUGAUCCCAACCCCGUGUGUAGGGACGCUCCGUGGGACCGGCUGGGUGGCAUGGAUGGCGAUACCCGACGUAUGAAGCAACAUGAACAGGCACAGUUUGCGACGCGGGCAGGAAUGACCCGGCGUACGGUCUCGCGACCCUACGGGGCCGCGACGGAUCGAUUCAGGCAGGCGACCCUUCAAUCGACACGUGGAGAUGCGCCGUCCCAGGCGACGGGACGCGCCCGGCUGUCCACGUCCGCAUACCUAGAUUAUGAAUACCCCGACGGUGCUUUCCAGGGCGGCUCGCUGCAGGGUGACGAGUUACAGCCGUAUGCGCCGACGUUGCGCGACCACCAACGUCAGCAAGUGCAGCCAUCGUUCACCGGCUACGAGUCUGAGAUGGUCUACAACCUCAACCAACAGGGCCCGACGCAGUCCCCGUACGAGGUCGUGCCACCCUAUGCAACACGGCAAUCUGCAGCGAUGGAUGCGCUCUCCUCGCAAUUCGCCGUUCCACAGUAUUAUAAUGAGCCGACUGGACCCGGGGUUCCGUCGCCCUACCUGGCGCAGUUACCGCUGGCUGCUUAUAACCAGCCGGGGCCCAUUGGUCGCUCUGGCACCACCCAGCCCUUUCCCGCAACCAUGCCGGACAUGACCCCGGUGGGCACGACCGGACGCCUGGAGCCGUCGCCGCCGUCGCAGCCUCAGCCCCAGCAACCAGCGGCGGGCGAAUCUUUCGGUCAUCCGAACGAGUCGUAUGGGCAGUUUCAUCAGGCAUUGAGAGAGACCUUCGCGGACACGCGCGCCGGCCGAUUGGUAGAGGCUAGUAGAUCACUCUUGGAAAUCUCCGAGUGGCUUGUGACUAAUGCGCGGGAACUGGGUAUGUCUCUCCCUUAGCGUGCCUCCUAAUUCUUCCUUAAUCUUGGUUAUUUACCCACUUCCUGCUGCCCCUAAGAAAGCACCGACCCAGACACUUGUAUUGUACAUGCAUGUCCGUGGCCAAUGCUCUUUUUUCGUUUCUUGUUUUUUUCUUUUUCUUUAUU